AAAAUCCACUUCCUUUAAAGGUACCCACACCACUUCCCUUUAAGACAAACCAUAACAACUCAACAGCUGAUAUGAGAGAGAAAGAUGGCGGCUGCGGCGGACACCGACUCCACAGGAGCUGGAGAUAAAAUCAAAGCAAUGCUACGCCGGUGCAGGGGUAGACCCAGACUGACGGACGCGGAUCGAGCUCAGCGGCGGCUGGAAUCGCGGAAGAAGUACGACGUGCGGCGCGUUUAUCUGGGAGAAGCGCAUCAAGUCUGGAGCGAGCUGCGCCGUCGCACGAGCCUGAGCGACGCGGGGCUCGCUGAGUAUUUAAUCCUGCUCGAUUCAGCGUACGGAGACAAAUACCAGCAGAAACACGCCAAGAAGACUGACGUUCCUGAACUGUGCAAUAGGAAAGGGAAGAAAGCAUCUGCCACCAGCUUACAAAAUCUAGUGAGCUGGUACCAAGAGCACUUUCAGUCCUGUCCGCAUGAACCUGAACUGCGGACGGUGGAGCCAAUGGUGGGUUUAUCUACAUCUGCACUUUGGGAGUGCGUUGCUGGUCACUCAUUUGUGCAGUACCUGCCGUGGGCUGCAGGGGUCGUGUCCGAGUCAGAAGAAGAGGACAACAUUAAAGAGAGAGAGGACAGCACUCCCGAGGCGAAAGCUGAGGUCACUGACAAAAUCAAUGCCAAACACAAGAAACCGCAAACCCAAGAGCUGCUACAAGUUUCACUUAAUGACUUAGAAAGCGACAAUGACCAGUCAUCGCAGGUGGGUCAUCAGACGACAUGCACGACCCUGGAUCAGCUCCCAGGAGCCCCUGCGGCCCAUAGGGGCACACCCGCCUCCAAGCGCUGUCUAGGCAACCAGGCCGUGUGGGAGAUGGAGGUACUUAUGGACCGGGAAGCUCAGGCUACCCUCGCCGAGUCUGAUGGCAAAGCCACCGGUCAAGAAGCGGCCGGUGAGGCCGACCCUGUCGUGGAGCAGGCGGAUGGUUCGAGGACUUCAGAGCAUGCUGAAAAAUACGAGUGUCUGGUUGUCGCCGCACCAUUGGUGGAGAGGCGAGAGGGGGAGGAUGGAGACGGUGGUAUGAGAGAAGAUGGAGAUGAGGAGGAGGGGGAAAGCAUGGCGUGCACGCCGCUGGUGGCAGACCCAGCGCAGGGCGAGCUGUACGAGACUCACGACCUGCAGACGGUGAUGAGCGGCUGUGAGCUGCCAGAUCAACGCUCCACAUUAGGAGGAUCUCAGCUGAUCAUAAUUACGGGUCCCAGUUACGAAGCUCUGACGUCUGAAGGGAUUCAGCUGAAUGUGUCUGGUGGAGAUGUGGAGGAGGUCACGUGUACCGUCAUCGGGGACGUGGCAUAUAAUCAGAUCCAAUCAGGAGCGAGCUCACGUCCCGACAGCAUCGCAGAUAUGGUUGAGAAGCAGCUGUUGGAAACCAGUGAAGAAGCGCACUGUCCGAAGGAGCUCGAGAGAUCUCUGAAUAGAUCUAAGAGGAACCGAAGGGGUCCGGUCAUCGAGGCAGACGGCAUGUUAAAAAUGUUUCACUGUCCGUAUGAAGGCUGCAGUCAGGUGUAUGUGGCCAUCAGCAGUUUCCAGAAUCACGUGAAUUUGGUGCACAGGAAGGGUCGGACCAAAGUCUGUCCUCAUCCAGGCUGUGGAAAAAAGUUUUAUUUGUCCAACCAUCUUCACCGUCACAUGAUCAUACACUCUGGCGUGCGAGACUUCAUCUGUGAGACGUGUGGGAAGUCCUUCAAACGUAAAAAUCAUUUAGAGGUCCACCGGCGAACACACACAGGAGAGACGCCGUUACAAUGUGAGAUCUGCGGAUAUCAGUGUCGACAGCGAGCCUCAUUGAACUGGCACAUGAGGAAACACACGUCCGAGACUCAUUUCAACUACACGUGCGAGCACUGCGGCAAACGCUUCGAGAAACUCGACAGCGUCAAGUUCCACAAACUCAAGAGCCAUCCGGACACACAGGGCAGCUGAGAAACUCUUCAGUAUGUGCAAGGAUUUAUUGACGGUACACUUGAAUAAAGUGUUUGCAUUGGUGCACUUUUUGAAUUUUAAAAUUUUCUAAAAAACAAAAAGACUAAAGAAUUGAAGCUGGAUCAAUCAAAGGUAUCAGACUUAAGAGACUUGACACACAUUCUUAAGCUGUUCACUGUGCUGGACACAGAAAUAGGAAACCGGAUUGUGUUCCUAUACUGGAAUCCUAUAAAAACUGAAUUUGUUUUUUAUAUUCAUGAUAUUAAUAGUUCAGUUCUAAGUGAUGUCUGAUACAUGCCGUGACGUCAAAAUAUGACCACAUUUUGAAAAUGCAGUCAUGUUGAAAUAUGGCAAUGGACAGUCCUGGGAUGUAAAGGAAAAACAAAAGACGUAUAUGAAUACAUAAAGUAUUCUGCACAAUUUUUGGGUCCCUAAUAGGUAAAGCAGAUUUGUGAUUCACAGGAAAUUAAUAAAAUGCAAAAGAGAAAACAUAUACAGAAAUUCAUGAUAAUUUUAUCUAUGCAUUAGGUGUCUUUAACUAUUGCAUUAAAGAAAAUGUCUACAAUCUAUUGUGUAGAUAUAUUAAAUUGUUAUUUUUACACUGGUAUAGUGACCAUAUACAUUAUCACUUUUAUUAAAAUACAAUCAGAAAUACAAGAAAUUUGUAUGCAAUAUUAAAAGUAUUUACUGUAAUCUCCUUUUAAACAUGAACAGUAACAGGAACCUGUAGAUUAUUUUAAGCAUAAAUGAAAUGAAAUCCUAAUUUUUAAUCCAAAUCGAAUGACGUCAGGAUUUUAAUAUGGAUGAUCUUUGCUAAAACUGGUGCUGGCCUAAGACUUUUACAGAGUAUUGUAAAUUCAAAUACGCUCAUGUAGUUACACUCUCGACCCCUUAACUUACCUAUGUGCACAUUUAAAUGCAAUGUGUCAUUUGAAUACGAAAAUGCAAAUGACACAUUGCGUUUAAACGUGCACAGAUGUAUGCUUGCCAGUACACAGUAUGCACUAUUUAAAGACACCUCAUGUAUUAUAGCAAUGGCACUCAGAAUGUUAUAUUGAAUUACGAGACAAAUGUGAAAUGAAAGCAUUUUCACUAGUCGUGGUCUUCAAACGUUUGGACCUCACGUACAUCAUCUGCAAUCUGUAUAUCUGAGGUCUGUAUAUGUUCUCCCAAAUUCAUUUUGUUUAUAAAUGUCUGUGAUGGAUAAAAUGCAGAAAUACUUUUGAAACCAAAUGUAAGGUAAUUUUUUCAUGACAUGACAUGAAAUCCAAUGCAUGCAAAAGUUUUUUUUUUUUUAGGUUGUGUGGAUCCUUUGGGUUUACCUUGGAGGUGCUGAUGGGAGAUGUUAUUAACUGUUAUACCACGGGUCUGUUAAAUGCUUUAUUCUGAUUGGUUGAGAAAUGUUCCAUGUGUGUUGAUUAUUUUUCUGUAAAACGCGCACCUAAUUCGUCAAAUGUCCUAAAAUAGGCACCAACCGUGGUAUAAGCAGAAUAAUUGGCUUUGGUCCUUUGAAUCAUUCGAUAAUAAUGCUUUGCGUCGCGCCGCUUACCACCUUGGGUGUGCAUUAUUUUCUUAUAAUUCAACGGCCCGUCGUCAAUUAUUGCUUACUUGGGUAGCAUUUCAGAUCCUCAACAUUCCAGAAUCCAGUAAAUAUACGACUGCUCUAAAUGUUGUGAAGUUUCGCUGGUUGUGUGUAACAAAGCAGAAGUAAAUCUCACUGAUCUGAAGAGCUGAGUGUGGAAGAUGGAGGCAUGUAAAGCGUUUCUUUACACCUUUAUGAACUGUGACCUUCAACACUAAUGCCACAUCCCAUGAAUACAAUAAACUUUGUGUUGAAUGUUUUUGUCUGAAGACAUGAGGCGACACUCGUAUUUCAUUUGACUUUGCUCGUUGUAAAGCCGAUCUCGUGCUGAUGGGAAUGGCUGUGAAAUAUAGGGAAGUGUUAUUCAACACUUCUACCCUCAGGUAAAGAAAGUUCCCUUUGUACAUAUGCUGUUUAUUCUGCUCAGUUUGACGGAAAUGUACAAUUUUUAACUUUUAUACGUCACAUUGGUUCUACAUUUUUCAAGUAUUUCCUUAAUUAGAAGGAGCAGCUGGUAAAUGUUUUAUGAAGAAAGUAUGUUAGUGUACAAAGAAUAAAGAUAAAAGUAUAUAAAACGGUUUACAAGAAGCAGUUGGUCAUGUAGGCCUAGUUAUAACGUUAUUAUGGUUGUAUGGUUUUAUUUACACAACAGUGACAUCAGCGGAUUUUCAUUGGUUGAUUAAGGUUGGGAAACACCCGCUUGUGUGGAACAAUGAACUUCAGUUUCUUUAAGUAAAUCACUUUUUUUGUCUUUGUAUUUAUAAAUUUUUUUGUUUCUGUCAAACUGUCUGGCUUUCAAACAUUUUUAAACUUUAUCACUACUUCUUACAAACUUGCUUUUUGCCAUAAAACAUGAAAACACUCUGUGUGUGAAAACUUUCUUUUUAUUCUUUCUUUCAGAGAAGCAGAUCUUUUAAUUUUUUCUGUCCUGUUGAGUUACUAUUGAACUUUAUCUGGCAGUAAA